GUGCGUGCUUGUGAUCCCUCCCGCACUUUGCCGACGUCAAACUCACGACCAGGCUAACAUUACACAACAUAACUGCUGAUAUCUUGGCAUCAUGAGCGCAAACAAGGCCCUCAUAGUCGGUAUCUCGGGGUGCUCCUCGAGUGGGAAAACUACCCUUGCACGGCUGUUGCGGGACGUUUUCCCCAAUACUUUCAUUCUUCAUGAGGAUGACUUUUAUAGACCUGAGAAUGAGCUACCAACCAAAAACGGUCUCCUAGAUUGGGAUUGUGCUGAGGCCCUUGAUAUCCCGGCUAUGGCCGAGUCCCUCGCUUAUAUCCGCCAGCACGCUGCCUUUCCUCCUACCCUUGAUUCCAAAGAAGAUCAAAACUCCGUCGGCAAGUGCCCCGUAUCAGAAGCCAGCAUCGCCGCCCAGCGUGCCAAAGUCGAUGCCGCUCUAGGCCCAGACCAUCCCCUCCGCAAAAAUCUCCGUCUAUGUCUCCUCGAUGGCUUUCUUCUCUACUCCCCUUCUAUGGCUGCUAUAAAGCCCAACUUGGACAUCAAGCUCUUCUUGCGUACGACAUACGAAAAGGCUAAGAAGAGAAGAGAAGCCAGAGACGGGUAUGUCACCCUGGAGGGCUUCUGGGCAGAUCCUCCCGGUUACGUUGAUAAGAUCGUCUGGCCUAACUAUGUAGAAGAGCAUGCUUGGAUGUUUGAGUAUGGCGAUGUAGAGGGGAAGUUCAAGACGGAUGUUUUGGAUAAGGAGGGUAUCAAGGUACAGAGUGAUGUGAGUGCUGAUGGAGAUAUUGAGAAGACAUUUGAGUGGACAGUAGACACGAUUUUGGAGGAACUUGGAAAGCAAGUAUAGACGAGCUAGGG